AUGGAUUUCGACGCUUUAUUUAACGAAAAGACAUUUCAGUUUUCGGACUUCCAGGAGUUCACGUUUCUUCCUGGACACCAGAAGUUGAGUGAACGAGUGAGAAAGCGACUGUAUUAUGGCCUGGACAAAGACGUUUCUUUAGAUGGCCUGUCUUGCCCUGUUACAGAUAUCGCUGUUGAAAUCUUCCAGAAGUCUGCCCCAAGCCCAAUACGAAAGCUUCAGAAGAAGUAUGCUGCUCAUGUUUCCAGGGAGGCUUGCAUUUCGCCGUGUGCCAUGAUGCUGGCUCUAGUUUACAUAGAAAGGCUCCGACAUAGAAACCCUGAAUACCUACAAAAGAUCUCCUCCUCUGACCUCUUCCUGAUCUCCAUGAUGGUUGCCAGCAAGUACCUGUACGAUGAAGGGGAGGAAGAAGAGGUUUUCAACGAUGAGUGGGGAGCGGCUGGGAAGUUGGACGUCAAAACUGUCAAUAACCUGGAGAUGAACUUCUUGAAUGCCAUUGAGUGGAGCCUCUUCACAGAGCCAAAUGACUUAUUUGAUAUACUAAGUCAACUGGAAACCAGUAUUGCAGAGCGGCAGGGGAUGAAGCGUGGCUGGUUCACCUACACUGACCUCUGUGUGCUACUGGAGCAAUCUGCAUGGAGUCAAGCCCUCACAGCCAUCUACCAGCACUUUACCAAGGUUUCAUGCAUGCUCGGCCUGGUCUAUCUGACCAGUGUGGCUGGCCUUAUUGCCACCAGCGCUGUGCUGCACCAGCUCAGUCUCUCUCGGAGCGGCCAGUCCCUGCUUCUACCUCCAGCUGAGAUUAGUCCGGACCUUCAGAUCUCCAACCCAAAUGCAGAAGCUCCUUCUCCAGCCCUGCACCUCCCCCGUUGUGUUCUGGCCAACAACAGUCUGAACCGUCAGCCCGGUGCAAUUGAAAUCGGCCAGGACCACGGACAAAGCCCCCCCUCGGUAUCCUCAAAGACAUCAAUAUUGUGUCUCUGGGGCUCCAUGCUUGCCUCAAUGGGUCACAUACAUCCUGACACAGAUUCUGAUAUGGAAGCUCCCCAAACCUGGUCUCCUGUCUCCUUCUUCUGUCCUGGCUGUCUUGCAUCCCUCCGUCCUCUUCAGUGCGGGCUUAGAAACACCUCAACACUCGUCGCUCAUGGCUCCCUUGAUAACCAUCAUGCAACGUGGCUGGCCUCCAGCCUCCUUGGAUGGGCAGAACCAGGUCUAAACUCUCGCUAUACUCCGCCUAUACAGCUGGGAUCCUGCCAUCCGGAGUCUAUGUUGCCUGUCGACAAAGCCCAAGCUCUGCUCAUGCCCGGUUAGGCACACAAACUCCACUCCUGUCAACCUGUGGUAAUGGACUCUGGAAAUUAAACCAGCACUGAUUUCAUGACUCAUCAACUGCUUCACGUCAUGUUUUUGUUUAUUUUUCCAGAUCUAGAAUACAGGUGCAAAGGCCAGAGUGAUUAGCCACAGAGGAGAUUUCAGAAAUUCACUUAUAGCUCAGCACUGCAGAAUUCAUUUGCCACAAGUAAAAUGCCAUUGUUUUCCGUUGCUCUGCAACUUGUUUUGAACGCGGAGAAUAUUACAAGGAAAUGGAACAUCGUUUAAUAUGUUUUUCUUGGCUGCAACCAAACUGUUUCGCUACCCACAUUUAUCGUUGUUUGAAAGUUCAGACCGGGAUGUAGGGCCUUUUGUGAUGUGUGUUUUGAGUUACUAUAUUACAGCUGUAAUAUUAAAGCUGCUUGCUACUUGGCAAGAUGAUGAAAGUGUGUGGAGGUUUUCACAGCAUAUCUGAAAGUUCACAGUAGGUGUUUAUUUUUUAAUGAUAAGAAAUUAUGUAAGAAGAAGGGACUAAACCAGUUUACUUUGUUUACUUACAGUAAUUUUGGCUUACCCAUAUUUGCUUAGGGUUACAAUUUAUUUUUCAUUUAUGCAUAAGGAGCUUUACAUCAGGCAUUGGUCAGGCACAUGCAGCAAGCAUUUUGUAAACCAAAUAGUUUCUGUUUGUGGAACACAUUAAUGGUCUCCUGUCCUUGUAAACUUUCCCUUUUUCAUUCAGAAGAAAGCAUCAAAGAAAGGAAAUUGACCACACAGAAAUCAAUAACAUCCACUCCUCUUAUUCUGUUCAUUUGUAGUAAGAAGUUGCAUUUUCUUUAUUGUCAAUAAUUGCCAGAUUCUAUGUGGCAACACAUAACCUUAAGGCCACUUAUCUGUCACAGGCUUAUGUAGCCAGAUGAGAUUUGAGAGAUUAGUUUCCCUUUCUCCAGGGGGGAAGGUCUGUAAAAAGGAUGGGCUCGUGCGGUUUCAUGCAAUUUGUAUUUGGUUUCUGGUUGGUGUUUUUGAGGUGAACAUUCUGAACAUGUUACAGCCUAACAGCCGUGUUUCUUUGUUGAUGCGGUCUGGAAUUUGCACAUCUGGCUCCAUUUUCACUGCAACGGGACAUUUCUAUCUCUAUUGUCGAGCAUUGUCCAGUGCAUCUUUUAAACACAGAGGUCUACAUGGUCCCCAGGACAUUUAUUUUGUAAUUGAACCUUUUGACUAACUGUUCUGAGCAUCUGAAUUUGAUACAGCACAAAGUCCUUUAAUUUUGUACAUGGUGUAAAAUACAAAUAUUGUACAAAUAUGUAGAAAAACCAAGAAUCUAAUAAAGGAUGCAUUUCUUUGUGA